AUGCCCAGCCACUCAGAGGAGAAAGGCACAAUGGUUCAAGAUCCGGAAAGAUGCCCUCUGCCGUGUAGAAGCCAUCCAACACACACACAGAAUAUAUUUUAUCUCAAUGUGGGCAUAGUCUCCCAGUAUAUCAUCCACGGAAGUCCUGCCCCUGAACCCUGCGUCAGCACACAUAUUCGUCACGUUCCACUUCCAAACAGGGCACACACCAUGUGGCGCCCAGAGGAGGAACGAGCAAUGGCACAGAUGCACUUCCAUUGGCCCCACCUCCUCUUCUCCAAACGUGUUCUCCGGCUGGAGGCGGCGCACAGGCUCUCCCUACGGCACCAUACACGGCCGGAGUCCAUGCAGACUUGGACUCAGGGCGCAGACAAUGCACGCAAAAAUUAUACCGGUUACUGUUUGUCGUCAAACUAG